CUGAGAUUGACGCCGAUCAUUGGUCUAGGUGUGAUCAGGGCAUUGAUGUCAGCGACACACCGUGAAAAACACGAAGCUGCAGGUCGAGAUGCAGUUCUUCUUUCGUAGUAAUUGUAGUUAGCCAACAGUCGAGCGCCCUGGUGCCUUUUUCACAGAUCGGACAAUGGCAAGGGGGAGAGCAGCCACGAUAUUCUCAAUCGUGAUCCUGGCUGUUGCGUGUCUCCGUUCUGUCGUAGGGGUCAAGGUCCACGCAGAGGCUGCGUCCUUGAACGAGACCAUCGUGCACCACGAUGACGACAACGUUGAGGAAAACGAGGUGCCGUUCUCGCGCGAAUCCAAAAACAAAACCAAUGAACUCUCACGUGAUCAUCCUCACAAUAUGCAUGGAAAACCAACCAAGUUCGAUAUGGAAUUUCACGCAACCGACAAAGCGGAUUAUCAGAUCGAACCGACGAGAAUCGUCAACGCCACGGCUAAUCCGAUUGAAAUGAAUUCCACGAACGGUCUGUCCCUGUCAAACUCGACUGAUUGUGAAGGGAUGCACAUGGUCUCCUGCAUUCGGAAGGACUUCUCGAAUUUCCUUGACCGGCUCUCGCAAGUCGACACGUACAACGUAACGGAAUCCGUGCAGAUAGUGAGAAAUCCUGAAGCGGACGUCGAGCGCGACGGUGAAAAGAACAACAACGAUCCGGACUCGAAUCUCCUGGACAAGGUUCAUCAUUACGCCAGGACGCACGUGAUGAAGAUACGUCUAAACAAGGAUCUGAGUCUCGCCAGGAAAGCCAGGACGUUCUUUGGUUCCAUGUUUCAGGGAAAGAGUACCUUUUUAACAGGAUUCGGGCUUGGUUUUCUAGCGUUCGGUCUGAAGAAACUCUUGCUACCUCUGUUCUUCGGCGUGCAAAUAAUUAAGAGCGUGUUGCUCGCCCUCUUCCUGCCGAGCAUCAUCGGCAGUAUUGGUAAUAUCGUCGGAAAAGGUGUUUCCUCCUUCGCGCAAUCUGCGCAUCCACCCAUGGCACCCGAGGAAAAUUUCGAGUUCAAGGAUAACUCUGAUCUUUACAAUGAUGACUACCUAACGCGGCAACCCGUAGGCACAUUACCAGCAUCCGCCAUGUACGACGAAAGUAUGAUGCAAACGCAGAAAAGCCCGGAUAUCGGGUCCCGCUACUCGUUCGUCGAUUCGAGAAUAUCUCAUGCGAAUGCGCUUUCGGAUCGCUAUUACACGCGACACGUGGCUUCGCACGGACUUUCCAAGAAGCAGGAUUUCAAGGUCUUCCACGAGAUUCCGACGAGCUCGUUGCUCCUGACGAACUACGACCCAUUCUACUCGCCUCUGCUAUCACGGCUGGACGCUGUCUUCUCCCGCCUCGGUCACAGCACGGAGGGCUGCAGGGAGUACGCGGUGUGCGCGAUGUACCGGAGUCCCGCGCGGUUUGCGCCUUACUCGAACCUGGUCUCCGCCCAGCUGUCCAGGGAGUUGAACGAGCUGAGGAAGCCCAGCAGCGACAAUCCCGACGUCCUGCGUUUCUUCAGGUACAUGAAGGCCGCCAAGGACGGCCAGGACGGUGUUAAGUGCGAGGAUGUCUACGCAGGUUGUGCGAACGCACGCGAGGAUCAGACUAACAAGCAGAAUCAAGCGAUGUUGGCGACGUACCAAGACAUUAACAAGCUUGUUCAGGCUAGAAGGAUCUAAAGAUGUCACAUCUUCCCCCCGUUGUCGUUAUUUGUUGAUAAUUCAUUACUGAUACGUUGUCUGCCAGCAGUGUUACAAUUUUUUUCAUGAUUUGGGUCAUACGACAUCUCAUCGUCAUAUUAGAAUUUUUUAAAUAAAAGCCAUAUGACCUAACGGUUUAUAUUGGUAUAAUAUAUCGCAUCCGUGAUAUUGGUAAUAAAAUAGUGAUAAAACGCAUUGUGGUCUUUGAAAAUCGAUAUCGAUACGGCCGGUGCGUCGAAUGGCAAUCAACGUAUUAGCCGCAAAUGCGAUAAAGGAAGAAGAUGCUUCUUGAUCCGCGAGUUCGAAAAUCAGCUGCACAGUUCAGAUGCGCUAGUGCAGUGGCUGAAAAUUUAGCGUCUUUAACGAAUUAGCAUUUGUUCGUAGAUAUUGUAAGUGUAAAGAUUGCAGGCAUUAUACCUACAAUUUUGCUGCAUUACUCGUAAUCCGCAUUUAACAGCGGAUUAUCACUCAGACUUAUGAGAUGCUCAUUUGGG